AGUGGUGGUGGUGGGAAGGGGCCGGUCUCAGACGGUAGUACUACUCAUACACUGCCCUGGGGGACUACUAUAGGGCCAACACUAGUACUGCAUUGAGAAAAACACGAAGUAUGACAGCUGUAGAAGACACGUUAUUGACAAGGAGCGCCGUGGUAAGCACAUGUAGCGGGGGACAUGAAGACUCGGGAGACCUUCAGGACCGCAACAACAACAACAACAAUAACAACAAGAAUAACAACAACAAUAACAACAACAACAACAACAAUAACAAGAACAUCACCAUGACCAGCGAGGACCUCCUUCAGCCCGGACACGUCGUAAAGGAACGAUGGAAAGUGGUACGCAAGAUCGGUGGCGGCGGGUUCGGGGAGAUCUACGAGGGUCAGGACCUGGUGACCCGCGAGCAGGUAGCCCUUAAACUGGAGUCUGCCAAGCAGCCCAAGCAGGUCCUCAAGAUGGAGGUGGCCGUCCUCAAGAAGCUUCAGGGUCGGGAACACGUGUGUCGGUUCAUCGGGUGCGGUCGUAAUGAACGCUUCAACUACGUGGUAAUGCAGCUUCAGGCCAAGAACCUGGCAGAACUGCGCCGCGCCCAACCCAGAGGUGCCUUCAGCCUCUCCACUGCGCUCCGUCUUGGCCACCAGAUCCUUAGAGCCAUCGAGGCCAUCCACGAGGUCGGCUUCCUGCACAGAGACAUCAAGCCGUCCAAUUUCAGUAUGGGUCGCCUGCCUCACAAUUGUCGCAAGACUUACAUGUUGGACUUCGGACUCGCUCGCCAGUAUACUAAUGCCAAUGGUGAAGUACGAACUCCUAGAGCAGCAGCAGGUUUCAGAGGUACUGUACGUUAUGCCUCCUUGAAUGCUCACAAGAAUAAAGAGAUGGGACGUCAUGAUGACCUAUGGUCGCUGUUUUAUAUGGUUGUUGAGUUUGUUAAUGGUCAGCUGCCUUGGAGAAAAAUAAAAGAUAAGGAACAGGUUGGUCUGAUGAAGGAAAAGUAUGACCAUCGAUUGCUCAUAAAACACUUGCCUUCUGACUUCAAGCAGUUUCUAGAACACAUCCAAAACUUAGAUUAUCAUGAUAAGCCAGACUAUGCUAUGUUAUCAGGAUUAUUUGAGCGCUGCAUGAAGCGACGGGGAAUUAAGGAAUCGGACCCAUUUGACUGGGAGAAAACACCCACUGACAAUUCAUUAGGCACUACCACUACUACGACCCAUGCUGUUAUUACCAAACCACAGCAUGCAGACAGCCGAUUGGUUUACGGUGGAGGCGGCAUGACCGAUAACAUGCUUGAUGACAAUGUACUGGGCUCUGUGGACAACCAGGAAAAUGUUGAGGCACCUCAUGAUCGUGAGCACGACCCUCGAAGACGGCGACGACGAGACACUGUCUUACACCCACCACAACCUAACAUCAAUCAGCAACAGGUGGAGACUAAGGAGCGGGUCCUGAACGAUAACAACGUCAAUGCCAACAUCAUCGCGAACACUGAGAAGGACACCAACGAGGUGGAGAUGUCACCCAAGAAGAGAAAGGUAGAGGAGUUCAACUGUGAAAAGGAAGGGGAAGGUGUUGGAGAGAAGGAAAAGGAGGGAAGACUUGAAUGCUCCACUGACUGGGAUGGUGAUGCAGUCAUGGCAUCAAGACAGGGACAUACCACACCCAGGUACGGGGGGGAGGGUGACAACAAGAACAGAAAGCCCCUAGUUUUAAGGUUAUUUUGAAAAACAGCAGCUAUGAGUAGAAUGAAUUUGAACCUCCGCAAGAGAGAGGAUCAGUAUUCUGUUCAGGAUGCCAGCUAUGUAAGUUUUCAAGAUGGUGGACGGUUAGCUAGGAUAGAGCCCAGUGCUGGCGGUGUGUCCCCAGGAGGCUCCACACCUCCCACGGAGGGUGAAUUACAUCCACACACACGUGAUCACACCCCGCAUCGUCGAACUCAUCAUAAAAGGAGUCUCGGAUUUGGCAGGUUCCACCCAGUGCAGCGAGCCAAGUACCUAGGUCACAGAGACCUGUCCAUCACACAGUUUGCCCUGGCUGAUGAUGACAAUGUGUCUCAGCCAGCCACUAAGGGGGGUGGAUGCGGCCUUACUCUAGCAUCACAGUGGAAAUCACAGUUUGAUGAUUCUGAGGAAACAGAUAAUGAACUUAAAGCUGACAAUCUGCAGAGUCCUGAGCAUAAGCAGCGCCUAACUCUGGUGUCUCCUUCAUCCCGUGGGCCUGAUGACACCACCAUGACGCCUGUGCAGGAUGCGGGCACCACUGAAAAGUCUCGACGAGUUGGUACCGAGCUCUCCAGAAUUAGCGAGGAUGACCGUCACCGCUCCUCCGACCACCACACACACACUCAGGUACCAGAUGUCACCAUGAUCGGAGGAAGUGUGGCGGGAAGUCAUGGUAUUGAAGAAUUUCGUGUUGUGACGAAGGUCACAGGGGGAGUAGAAGAUCCUGUGCCUAAUGUGGCCUGUUUGCCUAUGGAAACUACAGGUGUUCUGCAAGUUGAUCUGGGAGGACAGGCUAGUAGCCUUCCACGUGCCUGGUCCAACCCACAACUAUCUAGUCACAUUCGUCCUGGGCUGGAACCUCCUUUAGUACACACUACCACUGUUACCGAUGCUGUAUAUGAAUUAGACGUUGCACGUGGUAUCUGCGUCAAAACCUCUAGAGAAGGUUCACCUCUCACUCCAGAGCGUCGGCAGAGCAUGCCUGAUAUAGGUGUUUGCGAACCAGAAGAAGGUGCAGAGGAUGAUGCUGUGGUAGGUGGCAAAAUUGAAUUCCGUGUACUUGACAAGGAUAGAAAAUUUUCUGAGCCUUCUGGCCCCACUACUGUAGUGACUAGCCAGACUCGAGUAUCUCGGCAAGAACUUUCUAGUGUAGUGCCUGCACCAGCUGCAUUUAAUGCUGGGGCUGAGAACCCACCUCCACCACCACCAUCCAUGGUAGACCUGCCGCCUGGAACUACAAAUAAAUCUGCUUCCCUCCAAUCUAGCCCAAUUACACACCCAGAAGAGCGUUCUGUAUACUAUGAUGCUCCACCUCCAGAAGAUUUAUCACAGCAGCCUCAUCUACAAUCUAGUCAGAAGUCUCACAGCAAAAGUUCACCUAGAAAUGAGCAAGAGGAUGAAGCCCAUAAAACCAGUGAAGCUUCAGAUUUAUUACCCAAAGAUAAAGGUGAGAUCCGAGGUGGCAAAAAGGAUGACUCACGACGGCGACUGGGAGUUGCAGCUUUACCAGUUGUCUUAGAAGAUAAUAAAGAUCGUGAUGUUGAAUCUACACACUAUGAAUCUGCAGUCCAUCCUCCUGAUACCAGCCGUUAUGAAUCUGCCAUACACGAUCACACUGUAGUUACAACUGUUCAGGAGACUUCACGAUAUGAAACUGUCAUGGGUGCACCACUUCCAGAGUCAUCUCGUUAUGAAACUGUUAUGGGUCAGAGAGAAACUGAAGCAAGAACUCGUCAAGAUACAAUAUGUGAAGAAGAAAAGUCUUUUAUAUCAGAACGAAGAAAAUCCCUAGAAUUUUUAUUAGAAGAAAAGCAUGACAUAGAAGAUUCAAGAAAAAUAUCUGUUAUAAAUUUACAUGAUUUGUCUGCAGCCUUCCAAGUAUCAACGAUGAUUAACAGAUCACGGACAGUGACGCCAUCAGUGUCGCCAAGAGGAACGCCACCACACAGUGAGAGUGGUGGACGUCGUAGCCGAUCAUCUCGUCACCGCCGCUCCUGUGAGGAUCUGCUAGAAGAGGGAUCUCAGGAGUCUUCCAAAACUAAUACACCCCGACCUACGGAUUUACAGCCACGUUCUUCUUUGUCACCAGACCGACAGCGUGGCAAUGGCUCUAGGAAAUCGCCUGCUGCACAGGAUGAUUCUUCUCAAAAAAGUCGCAUUCCUGUGCCUCUGUGGGUACGUACUACCAAAGAUGGAGAGCCUGAAGGCAGCCUUAAUACACCAUCAGGAGGUAGAAGUCCACGAUAUUCAGAAGCAGAACGUGCUGAAGCAGCUCGGAGAAUUUCUGUUGCCCUAGCAGAAAAAGUUACAUCUCCGGGCAAUGAGGAAGAUUCAUUAAGUACUCGUAGCGGUGUUUCAGAACAUCGAUCAGGCCGGGAACGGGGAUCAGUCGCCUCUUGUGACUACCAGCGCUCAGCUAGCCAAGAAGAUCAUAGUGAGGAUCUCGCUGAUCUUACACCAGCAUUAAGGAGACGGAGACAAGGAGUAGACAAGUAUGUCACUGAUGAGACACAACUCAACCUAAGAUUCCAGCGGCGUCGCACUCGACCAGUGUCCGAUGUGAAUCCACCACCACCUGCUGUCUUACAAACCAGGAAUCGACAAAGCAGACAACGAGUGUCAAUGAUUGAAGCAGGAACAGGUGGUCGCUACUAUGACAGUGGACGAGGUGUGCCUUCCUACCUCCUCAAGCCCCAGCAUGAGGAUUCUAGUGAGUCAGAGAGUUCACAUCCACGCAAACCACGACCUCCCUCCUCAGAGCCUCCGUCUGCAGCAAGAGAUGUUGUUGCCAGGAUACGAAGGUACCGGCCUUUGAGUGCAGAUAGUAGUGACAAUUAUAGAAGGCAGCAUCACCAACGGACUGUCUCUCCAGACUGACAGGAACCUCGGCCCUAGUCUUCAUCGGCAGGAGGAGGCGUCCAGCUCUCAGGCCUACUCACUUGCAGCUCCUCGCCCACCUCCCAAAUACAUCAUUCACACAUCCACAAGCGCACAAAUUCCCCCCCAGUCACAUGCAAUGUCUGUACCCGUGAGCUCAGUCGAACACACUCAUACGGCGAAUCUUAUUUUCAGUAUCAGCAACCAGAACAACAUAUAGUAUUAGUAAAAGAAGUUAAAUUAAAGCACAGGAAAACAAAAAAAUUGUGUGGAUGUUGGCAAAUGUUUUUAAGAAGAAGAGGUAAAACUUUGCCAUUUUCACUGCACAGAAAUCAAGAGUUGAGCAGAUGCCGUCUAAAUCUUUCCAAGCCACCACACAUUUAACAGCACAGAAAAAUAUGCCAUAUGGUGCUUUUUCUUACUUUUCAUUUAAGAGAAAAAACUUCUUUGGAGACCGUUAGUGGUGAAAAGAUAAGGUGUGAAUAUCUUGAUGUGUAGGUUGGUGAGAGUGAAGGGAAAUAAGCAACUCGAUUAGUGAUCCACUUUAUAGCUGUGGUACAAGAAAGCCUUUUUUUUUUUUUCCAAUAUGCAACUUCACUGCAGCUGCUACUGCAUGCAACAGCUAGCUGAAAGGCACUCAAAGACAAAGAAUCUUUGAUACUAAUUUGAUACAUUUGGCAGUGUGAUAAUGGACAUCUGGAGCUGCCAGUGACACACACUCGGGAUAACAUGGCAAAAAGUUAUAGGAGCUGUGGACCCUAAGCUGUCAGUGUGGCACAUGAGGUAAUGUAAUUGGGUGGUGGGAGCUGUUAUCCUUAAACUGCCAGUGUGAGAUUUGGGUCGUGUUAAGGGUGAUGGGAGCCAAGUGCCCUCAGUGUCCAGAGUGAAACUCAAGACAGUGCAAUGGGGGUGCAGCCUGUUAUAACAUCACCUGCACAUGGUUGUGAUAUUUGCUAUGUACAUUCUCUGUACUGACACUUGCUAGGUUAGGUAGUAACUGUGCCAUCCUCUGUUGCCAUAGUGACUUUCGAUAGGUCAUUCUGGUUACAAACCCCAGGUCAUUAAAGUUAUCUUUUAGCUGAGGAAAAAAAUGAUAUUAAUGUACAUUACAAUUUAGAUACCAUACUUUAAAAGAGGCACCUAUGGUCAAACGUGAUGUAAUAUUCUUUAAUGUUUUCUUCUGAUCUAGGUACCUGUAUUCACUUUAAGGGAUCUGGAUAACUGUUGUAAAUUUACUAAUGCAGGUUAGCCUUUGAUAUUGCUGUUAACGAACUAUUUUGGGGAAUAACUGCAAUAUUCUAGAGUCUCGGAGUAUCUCUUGCAUAUUGCCCAAAUACUCAGUAGCUCUUACACUUUGAAGCUUUGUCAUUUUCUCUAAGCUACCAUGAAUGCUGUAAGUAUUCCUGCAGUGCACAUACAGUAUGCCGAUGAUGCAGUUUGAAUGUUUAUUUGUUGAGUCAAGAGUUGGGUUCCAUUUUGUCCCCUGUGCCAUCACCUGUGUUGCAGGUUUGUUACAUCAACAUUUCGUCUUCAGUAAAGAAAGUAUAUUUGUGUAUAUGCUGGGUUGGAGUUGGCAAGCAUAGGUGUGAACAGUUUAUUAAUAAUGCAGGAGAAAAAUGGUGUGAUUUCCUUGGCUUUUUGAUCUUAGCAUGAUGGAAGUAUUUCUAAAAUUACCAUGUACUUUCACAAGGAAAAUGAAUGUCUAAAACAGUACCUUCUUGUAUUGGAUGCAGGAGUUGAAUUUAGGUUAUGGUCAGUAUUUGUUUGUGGUCUCACUUAUUUAAGAGAUAAGUACAGUACAUACUCUCAUUACUCUGAUCUUUGUUUCUGUAGUACAAACAAUAGAAUUUUUUUAUGGCCUUAAUGUGCUAAUAAUGUAGAUCAUGAAUAAGGAUUACUCAGGCCUUAGGUGUAUCAGCACUGUAAGUUCUCUAGACUACUGAAAGUUGCCUCUGGGAUGUGCUUCCAUCAGGAAGUAUGUGAUGAGAUCCUAAAAUAAUGUAUUUGAAUAUCAAUCAAAUUUAUAUAAUAUUGAUUAUCUAUUUUAUUAUACCUAAAAUGUUUUGUAGUCAUUUUAUGGUACAAAGUUCACAAAUGUAUUAGAAUUGUCAGAAACCCUGAGAGUGUUUAAAACCUAAACAUUUGAAAAUAAAACUACUUAGGCUCUUGAUAUUCAGAUGAUAAAACAAUCUUCAUUGUAUUAAAUGUUCCUUCCUCUUUUACAAGUAUUGUAGAAUUAAAACUUAAUGGUGAGAAUGGAUGGAAGAUUAACUGUUAAUGCAUGUACGUGGUCAUUAAACAGAGGUUUAGAGUGAGAAUAAAGUUCAUUGAAAUUAUUGUCCCAUAUUCACCAAGCUUAGGAACUGUAUCUGUGCUGUGACAUUUUACUGGAAAUGCCUAAGUUUUAUACAUUGGACAUAACAGGUUGAAUUAUUGCAGAUCAAUACAUGUCACCCUAAUAAAGGUGCUUACCAACAAUACAUUCAAGUGUUUGAGUGAAUCAGGUGAAAUAUAAUAGUGAUGCAUUAGUCAUUAAGUAUGCAAGUGUCUAUUUGAAUAUAUAUAUAUUUAUCAGUCCAAUGAAUACAGCUGAUAAGAGAUUAGAUAUUUGUUUAAAUGCCUUGAUUUUUAAAUUAGACUUGUAGAUACAUAUUUUGAUUGCUUCUACUUGAAUCUCUUUUAUUACUCUUCUUUCUAUGGGAAGAUGUUUUUUAGCAACAUUGUAAACUUAAAUAAAUCAUCUCACAUGCAUAUGUGGCUGCAAGGAUAAUCUCUAGUCAACACUGAAAUCAAAAGCAGCUUAUAUGCAAAGAUAAGUACUGUAUUAAUUUCUGUCAUCUCUCUACACUCAUCCUCUGACUUCAGGUUUACAAGAUAAACCAACUACUUUGCAGACUAUUAGUAACUUCCCAGAAUUGUUGUUAUAGAACUCAUGUGCCACAGUGCAUAUUUUAUACAGUAUUGAUGACUUGCCUGUUAUGUAUUGUUGAACCUGUGCUUAGUAGGGCUUUGUUUUGUCUCCUGGAGAUAUACAUCAAGGUCUUGUACAUUUCCUUGAAAAAAAAAAGCUGAGUCAGAAUCCUAAAACUAGUAACUGCUUAAAGAAACUGCAUGAACUUUUACUAUCUAAGAAAGGUUGAGAAAGCUCAUUCUGUUUCUUGAUGCAUACAUUACUUUUAGAAGUUUUUGACCUUCCUGAUAUCUCCUGGAAGCUUGAUAGGGCUUUGUGCACAUGUUGAAGGUCAAACAGAUAUGGAAUGAGCCAAGGGAAAUGAUAGAUGAGGGCAUAGUGGGAUAUGGGAUGGAGACAGCAAGUGUUCAACCAUUAUUUAUCUUGAGGAGUGCUUGGUGGCGUUCAUAACCUCGCGUUCGGGCAUUAGUAAUGUCACACAUGGACUGUUCACAGCCUUUCUGGUCUUAAUCAAGCUCUAUGAGUUUGUAUAUGCGCAUGUGUGAUAUGUCUGGCAAUUGCAAAGUUAGGAACGUCACUUAUAAUAUGUUCAUGCAACUUUUUUAUGUUAAUGAGCCUUAUGUUGAUGAAUCUAUCUGCAGUAGCAAAAUAAUUUGAAUUAUACACAGUCUUUAACGAAAAUUAUGUUUUAAUAAAUUGGUUGUGAGAGUGCAGUGUAGAGUUUCACCACAAUCAGUGAUGCUUGUCAGGUGUUUCUUUACCCACACUUCUGUGACUUCCUAAAGUGUUUCCUAUCAGUAACAAAAUUUACAUACUUUUUUUAUUCAUGUGGUUACUGGCCAGAUGUACUAUAAUGUCCAGAUUGUAUAUUUUUGUUCUGUGUACUUAGAUUGUUAUUUACAAUUAAAUUAUAGCAAUGCCUUCUAAUUGUCUAUAUAUACAUGACCCCAAACAUAUUACUACUGUACUAUUCAUUAUACAUAAAUUCUGUUUGAGUGCUACAUAUACCUAUGUAAUAAAAACAAAGUGUAGCAGUCAUAAAAUACAAGAUAAAAGAUAAAUUUUAGUACAAAUUAGAAAUCAUUUGCAAUCAGCACUUCUGCAUCCAUACCUUUCAAACAGUCCUUUGUUCUAAUUUAUAUUUUUCACUUUCUGUAAUACAAACCUGUAGAUUUGUGCCAGGUAAAGGAACUAAAUUUAGAAUGUUGCUUUCAAAGCAGCUAGUUUAUUGCACAUGCACACCACACCACAGUCAAGGGUAAAAAAUAUUACAAUAUUCUUCAACCUAUGUAGUCU